AUGGAGUCACCGGAAUUCGUACCUGAAUCAUCCGAAAUCGGAUCCUUGACGGCGCACUCCAACGAGGACAGUCAAUUUGUCGGCAGUUCCAGCGGAGUCUACUUCAUCAACACAGUCAAGCGGGCAUUCUCCAAUGGCCUGGAUGCCUCUGGCUCAUCCACGGCAGACUUCCCAACAGCCGAAGACACCCUCGUGGGAGCCGAGGACUUGCCUCGCGCAAAGCGGCCACGCACCGCGUCCUCUCAAACGGACCAUGCGCUAUCCGCCAAAGAAAGCGAAUCCCCAGCCAAAUGGGCUUACGACCCAGCCGUGGCUGCCGCUCUGGGCAGCGCGCCGCCACUGGAUUUGGCCAAGGACCUGAUGAUUGUGUAUUUCAAAGUCUGGCAUCCGCUGUUCCCGUUCCUGCAUGGCCCCACCUUCCUGCAGGCGAUGCAGAGCCUGUACUCUUCUAGCAGCAGCCCUGAGCCCUCUGCCGCGGAGCCGCCCUUGGAUCAUCAUCGCAGCUCCUGCUGGACGACGAUUCUCCAAUGCGUGUUCAACCUGGGCAGUCUGCUUCGCCCGGAGCUGCCUCUCUCGCCCGCUUGCAAGAUCCAAUCACCCGCCAGUAUCAGCUCUCUACUUGGCUCUCUUUCAUCCUGCCAUGAUAUCGUGUCUCUUCAGGCACUCCUGGCGGCUCAGGUGUACUUGGUUGCCAUCAUGUCUCUGCGCCCGGCGUCUACCGUUGGUGGAUGUGUCUUGCGCUGUAUGUUUCACGCGGGCUUGCAUCGAUGCCCGUUCCGGUAUAAAGAGCUAUCUUCGCAUGAUCGACAGCUGCGCAAGAGGAUCUUUUGGUGUGCCUACGCUAUUGACCGGUACCUGAGCCAAGCACUCGGUCUUCCUCUUGGCAUACAGGAUUCAGAUAUCGAUGUGUGUCUCCCUGCAGCUCGUGAAAUACAUUCUCCUCGGCGGGCUAGAAGCGCAGUCUCAGACACCCAAGCAGCAAACACUGCCAUAGCCGGUUAUUUUGAAGGGCAACAACCAUCAGAACAUGAAACCAACGGUGCUGGCGACGGCCAGCCUUCCCGGUCUGUCCACAGUGCUACCGGGGAUGAGCACCAAAGUCACACUCCUGGAAGGGAGGGUGUACUUGCAAGUUAUGUGAAUUCAGGUACCUUAACCGGUCGGGCACUGGAGCUUUUCCACAAGUCCAUUCUCGUCCGUUCUGUCCGCCGAAGUGCCGUUCUAUUCCUUGUGACCGACGUUCACAAGUGGUGGAACAACCUGCCACUCGAUCUGCAAGCGAAGAACAUCGGGAAGAAACAUGAUGAUUCUUCGACAACCGAUGUCUCUUUUGACUUUGGUCCUUUCUUCACGGUGCUGUACCAACACCUCAUCUUGAUUAUUCACCGGCCCUCUUUGUCAAUAGAUCCGUCCACCGCGGAGUUUUGCUCGGGGCUGCAGACCUGCAUUGGUGCCGCUCGCGCUAUCCUAUCCGCGCUGAGAACCCAGGUUGCGAGCCGACAAGCGUUGUUUUGGCCGGGAUUCCUAUCGGCGGCGUGGAUGUCGGGGUUGGUCCUAGCUUUUGCGUGUCAGCUCAACCAAUAUGUUCUCGCCAAAGGUUUACAAGAAAUCGACGAGUGCUCCGAAUAUCUACGUCUCAUGUCUACCCAGUGGGAGACAGCCAAGCAGUGCCACAAUGCACUCUCAGUCUUGUCCAUGAGGAUCGGGCGAACAGAUCCCCACCGAGAGAGUGCAGCAAAAUCCCAGGCCUAUGCGACUAGGAUUCUUGAACGGCACUCGACUUCGAACGAUCAUUCGGUUAUCGUUCAACAACAUUCUCCCUCGCACAGACUCUCACAGAAUGAGACACAACAGGAUGGCAGCCCAUCCGCUGGACCAUCUCGUCGAGCAAGACAAUACAGCCCGAGUCAACUAGAAACUCUACAUCCAUCCCUAAGUAUAAAUCCCGAUGCACAGACUCCUCUCGCCGGUGGAUACGGAUCCACAUCUAUUCCUGCGGGGUCUGCCGAUCCAGCAGGGGUGAGCGCGGACGUCUUGCUCGCUGAGACGCCGUCGUCUCUCGAGCUGAAUUUUCAGAAUGCUGACUCUGACCCGUUCCCUGGCGGGUCGAACUUUGACUUGAAUAUGGCGGAUUUACUCCAGGGAGCCAAUUUCGAUUCGCUUUUUGAUAUUACUGGACAGCAAUACCCGAGCUUUUAA